AUGGACACCUUGGCCGCUACGAACUCGAAGCCUGUUCAGGCAGAUGACACUGUAUAUCGACGUUUGAGAUUUGACACCUCUGCAGACGAAGAGAGAUGGUUUGAGUUAUCCAGAUUUUUUACGUGGAUAAAGUCUUAUGUCAACAAAAAGAAACCUCAAGCCGAAAUGACGGAUGAUGCUGUCACCGCCAAGCAAGUUGGACGUAAUAAUGUUGAUGCUAUUAUCAACCAGGAGAUUCCUAGGCGUGGAAAUGGCGAGGAGAUCUAUAAAAAUGCCAAGGGAGAAACUGAUGACGAGAAAUUAGAUGCGGCUGCGACCACGUUUAGGACCCAGUAUGAACAGGACAAGGUGGCUGAUGAUGAGUUUAUAUCAAAAGGGUAUCUGCGACAACUAAAGGAUAUCAUGACAGCGCACAAUAUUGCCGUCCAAGGUUCCAAAAAAAGUCAGAUUAUGAUUGCUGAUAUGAUGAUUAAGGUGUUUGGCGAGGAGAAAACCGUCACUAUAUUACGCGCUCAUCAGCAGAAGGAGGAGCACCAAAUAUUGCAGAACAUGGCGGUUACUGAUUUGAUGAGGUCAUGGAUAGCUAAACGAAAAUCGGUAGCGUCCAUUACCAACCGGGAAUAUUCAAGUAUUUAUACUGAUCUGUAUCGCGCCGCAAUUGAAAAGGCCAUUCAAGAUUUGAAAAACAAAGAUCCACUUGAAUAUCCAAAAGCGAAAAUAGAGAUUGCAGGCGUUAAAAACACUCUUAAAGAAGCCAGCUUCAUAAUGUAA